AUGCAAGGCUCUGUGUGGUCUUUUGCCAUUGACCUUGCGCCCGUUGACCUUGCGCCCGUUGACCUUGCGCCCGUUGACCUUGCGCCCGUUGACCUUGCGCCCGUUGACCUUGCGCCCGUUGACCUUGCGCCCGUUGACCUUGCGCCCGUUGACCUUGCGCCCGUUGACCUUGCGCCCAUUGACCUUGCGCCCAUUGACCUUGCGCCCAUUGACCUUGCGCCCGUUGACCUUGCGCCCAUUGACCUUGCGCCCGUUGACCUUGCGCCCGUUGACCUUGCGCCCCUUGACCUUGCGCCCAUUGACCUUGCGCCCAUUGACCUUGCGCCCAUUGACCUUGGGCCCAUUGACCUUGCGCCCAUUGACCUUGCGCGUGCACAUGAUCUUCUUUGCCAACGCUCGAGGUGCAAGGGGACAACUGGAGGAUCUUCUUUGCCAACGCUCGAGGUGCAAGGGGACAACUGGAGGUGUGAGGACGUUUAUCCUCUUUAUGGACUCACUCGAGACGAGUUCGCUGCACAGAACAAUGGCGUGGACUGCUGUGCUGCCCUCACCAGGGGUCAAACGCUGAACGUGACCAAGAGAAAAGGCUUGACCCCUUGCUCUGUCUUUUACUUCAUUCAACCGGGCGACACAUGCGAGUCAGUGGCAGCCUCACUCCCCAUCUCCUCUAUGUCCCUCGAGAACCUCAACCCCGGCUUUGACUGCUCCUCACCCCUGCCCCCGUCGCGCUCCCUCUGCAUCGAGCGGGAAGAUGGGGCGGAUGACGGAAGCGGAGAGUUCUGCAAUACAGAAUACUCGGUCAGCGGCACAAGCAGCUGUGCGCAGGCGGUGAAGGACUAUGGAUUCUAUUCCAUGAUUGAGCUCUACCGGUUGAACCCAGGGCUCGUGUGCUACACCUCACAAACUGCCAGUCUCGGGGUGAGUUGGAGGCCAAUCUGGGGGUGA